GAGCCUUCUGGCGGCCAGGUCUCGGGGAACGGCAGCCAGCCUUUGGUGAGCUUCGUCUGGACCGUACACAACAGAGCCACGGUGGCAGCCAACGCCUUGCUCUGCGUGUUCCGGACGGCCCACGAGGUUCCCAGCGCCGAGUUUGUUGUGUAUGACGAUGGCAGCACCGAUGACAUGACCGCAUUGGUUUCCCUAAUGGGCACGCUGCAGCGGGAGUUCGGCGCGCGCGUGGUGGCCCUGUCAUCGCCGCCAGGGCAGACGCAGGGUUACGCGGUGGCCUGCAGCACUGCCCUCCGGCAGGCCAAGGGGAAGUACGCGGUGCUGCUGCACGCGGACGUGUGCCCGCUGCCGGGCUGGCUCGGAGUGCUCGUGAGGACCAUCGAGACGUUCCCGGGUGCCGGCAUCGUGGGGCCGAUGAUGGUCUCUCCUCAGGGUGAGGUCCUGGAGAUGGGGGGCUCAGUGUUCCAGCAUGGCAGGGCAGCUCUCCGCGAGCGCUUCACCGCGCCCGACGAGGUGAUGCUCCUGCACGCCACGGCCGCCGACUUUGCCGGCGGCGCGUGCCUGCUGCUCGACCGCCAGCUGUUCCUCUCGCAGAGCCCCUUUGGCCCGCAGUCUGCCCCGGCUGCCUUCGAGGCCGCCGACGCCGCCCUCACGAUGCGCGCUGCAGGCUACCUCACCGUGGUGCAGCCACUGUCCGUGGUAGUCCGUGCGAAGGGCGUUUCCUACACCGCCAGUGAGACAGAGGAGCAGAUGAGGAUCGACCAGCUCGGGUUUUACAACAGGCACAAGGACCAGCUGGACCUGCACUGUCCCCCGCCGGACGCGUGCACAGAGCGGGAAAACGUA